GUCCUCGAACCCACUGAACACCAAGGGCCUCGUUGUCGGCGACGGGGGACUACUCGAGGUCUACGGCCUGCGCUACUGGCCAACAUGGACGCGGCUGGCAAGCACUGCGAUGCCUGGAGCCACAGAGCUGUCCUUGCAAGACCAGGUAGAUUGGAAGGUGGGUCAAGAGGUGGCGGUCAUCACCACGGCCUGGACGGAUGAACCGGACAACCACCAGAACGAAGUACGAGAGAUCGCCAGCGUCAGCGGCACGCAGAUCACGCUGACUGAGGGUCUGGAGUUCGGCCACUACGGCGGACCAGAGUAUUCUGCAGAGGUGGCACUGCUCUCCAGGACCAUCACCUUCCAAGGCGAUGAAGCGAGUGAGUCGACCCGAUAUGGCGGACACGUGAUGUGUCUCCCUGGAUCUCAGUGUCAUCUGGCUGGAGCCGCGGCCAUCCGCAUGGGCCAGGAGAACGUUAUGGGCAGGUAUCCCUUCCACUUGCACAUGAUGGGUCAGGUGAAUGGGGACUCCUUCUUUGAGGACUGUCUGGUUCGGCGCAGCUACUUCCGUGCCUACACGGUCCAUGGCACCUCGAACUCCCGGGUCUCUCGCAACGUGGCCUACGAUGUCUCCGGCAGCGCCUACUACCUGGAAGACGGUGUCGAAGAGGAUAACUUGUUUGACUACAACCUGGCAGCCUUUGUUCACAUCAUCGACCGCCUCAACGAUUACGAGGCUGGUGGCGGCCAGGAAGGCGUCCGAGUGCAGACGCAGGCAAGCCGCAUCGUACCCACCGAUGCCACGGCUGUGGGGUUCUACUGCACGAAUGCAAAAAAUCGGUGGAUUGGCAACUCUGCGAGUGGCGGCUUCUCGGGUUUCCACUUCCCUCGCGUGGAGUACGCCCUUGGAGACAGCUAUGCCAGCAACCAG